AUGUCAAAUCAGCUAUCGGAAAAUCUCGAUAACUCGCAAGUUUCUCUUUACGCUCAUGUUUAUGAUAAACGUGUAGAAUUCAAAAAUUUAUUCGUAGGAAUUUGUUUCGUCGUGGUCGAAUUCCGGGAUCACCGACAGGAACCAAAGUGCAAUGGCAAGAGGUCAAAGUUGAAACAUAAUCAAACAUCUCUUUGGGAUGAAAUUUUACGAUUAAACGAAGAGACAGGUGGCUUAUGGACCUAUGAACAAGCCAUUCAAUUAGAAUCAAAAUUGCUUCUUGCACUACAUCCGCAGCUUGAUUUGGAUCCUAAUUGCGAUCAAGCCACCAAUGAUACAUAUGUGAAACCCACACAUAGAAAAUUAAAAAAGAAAAAACGAAAGCUUAAUUCAUAUGAAGUUGAAGUAGAGGAUGCCAAGCGCGUCAAACUUGAAAAGAUGUUGUAUAUGAUGGACGAACGUACUGGCAAAGAAUUUACUCCAACAUAUAAUCAAAUAAAAUAUUUUCGUAGUGAGAAUGCAAUUUCUGAAAAUAAUCAGCAUGUAAUUGUACGUGCAACUACAUCUAUUCCUAAACCACCUCUUAUAAGGACUAUAGAAUUUCAAAGAGAUUAUACUGAUCCAAUAGAUAAUAAUGACAAAUGUGAACUUGAAAAUACUGCUGAUUAUGAAACAUUCGUGAAAUCAUUUGUCAUCCUACAUAUGAUGAACAACACAUUGCUAGAUGAUUCUGAACAAUCUAAUAAACUUCACGCCAACAUAAUUGUUCAAUUAGCAGAGGAAUUUUCUCAAGAAUCAAAUCAGAACGAAUUAUUUAAUAAUGCUGAUAAGAGAGAACCUUAUCAAUUAUUAGAACUUCUUGAUAAACAACCUGCUUCUGAAAACAAGUCUUCUGCACUUGAAUACACUAAUGAUGAUGGCAAAAAAAUUGAAAUUACAUCAAUUUUUGAUCUCCAUACGGCAGCCGUAAUGAAAAGACAUGCUACUGAAUCUUCAUCAAUGCCUCCACCUCCACGUCCACCACAGCGUCGUGCGCGUCCACCAUCACGACUUCCACAAAUGCCAUCAAGUUCUGAAGUAGCUAUACAAACGUUGCAACAAAGACUUCCUCAACAAUCUAUAAGACCUCCUAUCGCAAAACCACCACAAAUGGUCCAAGGAUCAACUCCAAUGCAGAUAACACAAAAUACUCAAUCUAUACAACUACCACAAACACGUCCACCAAUUCAAAAUCGUCCGAUAGUUCAGAUUACAUCUCCACAAACUUCAAUGCAAGGAAUGAUACAACUUUCAAAUCAGCCGAUGGCUGUUCAAGCAACCCCAAAUCAUGUGCCAAUAAAUGUUCAAAUGCCUACCCAACAAGCUGUACAGAUUACAUCACCAAUGUUAAUUCGUCAACAACCAAGGCAAGGUAUCGCAACAACCCAAGUUGUACAGGCUCCUAAUUCUGUAAAAUUACAACCUAAUAUGGUAAUGUCAUUGCAAGGAAUGCAACCGACAAUGUCUCCUCAAUCAUCAAGGCAACCACCAAACCAAAACCCUGCUAUUGUUGCUGCCCGACCAACCCAAAUACCUGCUCAAAAUAAUUCCAUUAAAGUUCAAAAUCAGAUACAACCUGUUUCUCAGUCUGCACCUGGAACUCCUAUACAAUUAACGGAACAAACUCAAAUUCGCCCUGUACAAAGAUCUCCGGUAACUCAAAUGAAAUCUCCUGCACAGCCUUCAAGGACAUCUGCUCCUUCAACACCUAUGCAAACAGCAGAACAAGUUCAAAUUACACAACCUUCUCAACGAUCUACACCAAAUACACCUAUAAGUUCUCCUGGGCAAAUUCAAGGUCAUCAAUCUCCUCAGCCUUCUAUUGUAAUAACAUCUGGAACAGUAGCCAAUCAGCAUCCUAUUCAUAAUGGUAUACAACUAUCAUCUGCGCAAAAUAAUCCACAACAAAAUAUAAGUGCAUUUAAUCAAAGAAUGUUGUUACAACAAUUACGAGCUCAUCAUUUACGUAACAAUCAGAUAAUGAAUCAAGCAACUAAUCCUCAAAUGAUGCCCAGGCGAUUUACAUCCCAAGUACAAGUUGGUAACUCACAACAACCAGUUGAUGUGAUGUUGCAACAGCAAAUAAUAGGAAAUAAUCAGGGCUUUGUAGUUCAACCACAAUUUUCCAUAAAUCAGCAAAUGCAAGGGAUUAUUCCAGAGCAAACGCCACAAUUACAAUUGAAUAUGUCUCAAAUGUCUCAAAUGGCGCAGCUUUACAGAAUACGUCCUUCUGUUGUUCGUCAACCAGUGACACAGCAGCAAAUGACUCUCAAUGCACAACCAUUUCAAAAUAAUAAUAGUCAAUGGGUUUUUCAACAACGACCCUAUGGAAGUUAA